CGCGACGCGUUGAAGAAUUUUGGUGUCGCUCUGAGAUAUGUCGCGCAGAGCGAGCGGAAACGAUCGGGACGACGGGGACGCGCUCGACCGUCAGUCGUUCGCGGACACGGACGGGGAUUCCGUGCGCGAGCGAUCGUGGUCUCGAGAGGACGGGAGGGAGUAGCUCGCAGACGCUGACGAACGCCGACGGUACGGAGCGCUCGAAGGGGGGGACGGGACGUCAGGCGAAGGCGCGGGAUCCUGAGAAGCAAACGAAGCGACGGAAGUUGAAUGGUAAGGGUGAGUUGAGACCUUGGUACUGCGCGUCGUGCAAGCAGACGCUGAAACCGGAGGACUUUGAUACGGGACUGGAGACGUGUCGAGUGUGCCUGGCGAAGCGCAGAGCGAAAGAUCGGGCGAAGAAGCGCCUUCGAGGGCUGCAGUUGAAGCACCAUCUCUUGAGCGCGGAUGAGAAGGACGUGGCGGCGUUCUUACUUGGGGUGUAUCACCCAUCGACCGGGCGCGGCGCGCCGCCGGGGGAUACGCCGAGCGGAGAGCGUAACCCGCCGUGGCGAACGACGCAGAUGCAUUUCCAGGUAACAACGGAGGUGAACGCGUUUGUUGAAGACUUUCAAAGCCUGCUCGCCGGACAGCCUGAGGUUGAAGCCGUGCAGUUGAUCCGCACGUUCUUUGGAGUUGAUGAACGCGGACAAAAAGUACAUCCGUGCGAUAAAGACGUGAUGACGGCAACGAAAACGAAGACUUUGAGCAAGAAUAAGUUGAAGUACGCGUACGGGAGAGACGUCCCUCACGAGACGCGGACGGAAAUGGAGUUGAGACUGGACCCCAUUUACAAAAGGUACAGCGGGAUGCUUUCGCGUGUGGAUGAUCAGACUUGGGUUCGCUUUGCCGCUGAAGAUGAGCAACAUCAAGCGGGUCGAAAAGCGAAGAUGAUCGCUGGUACGAAGGUUACUGCCAAGGAGACAAUUGUCAAACCGGAAGUGAAAUAUUCUGAGCCCAUACACUUGGAAGAACAACGUGGCAUGUGGGACGAAAGUGGCCUGGUGCCAGAGGCUCUGAAAGAUUUCGAUAUUUACAGCUCCAUGAACUCGGCGGAUCCAACCGUCAAUCACUUUUUGUAUGAGUUCUUGUUCUCCGCCGAGGCUGCGCCGACGCAGUUACCUACGUCGAUGCCAUUGUCUGACGAGAUGUUGACAGAGCGCGUUGAUGAAGCGACUCAGUUGGAUGAAAAUAGUGAAGAACAACUCAACGGUGACGCGUACGUUUUCGAGGGUUCUAUUGUCAUGGGUUGGAUUGGUCGCGCGCGCGGUGAGAACCGCAAGCUUUUGAAGUCAGAGAACGGUAUCCUUCCAAACGGAUUCGCUCCACAGGCUAUUUCUCGCGCCGGGCAACUAUUCGAUGCUCGAAACCCUGAAAAUCUGCUCCCGCUGGAAGAGACGGCCAAUUUACACGGAUUCUCGAAUGACCUCGAGGUCUUUUCAGUUCUUGAUUCAUCUUCUACGGAUCCGCUGCGUGUCAGACUUCCCGCCGGAGCGUUCAGUGAUGAGCUUGGUGUGCGUGCCCUUCACGGCGGACACUACAUUGAAUGCGACGUUAAACAAGGACGAUCUGGGGAGUGUGAGGUCAUGCUCUAUACGAACGGUAAAGACGGGCGGAACCCCAAUAAAGUGGUGAUUCUCGGUGCGGUGUAUUUGCAGUGUUUCGUUCAGUCCGGAACUGCGAAGAUGCUUCCGAUAGGAAGCAACAUCCCAGUGCUCAUGAUUCCAAGUCCCUCUCACGUCACGGAGAUCAGGCGAGGCAUUGACGAAAUUUUGACGGCGAAGGGAACGCUCGAGGCACGUCAGUUCAUCCUAUCGCUCGCACACGUUCUUCAGCAUGGGGAUCCGUCGAGCACACGAUUCAACUUCGUCCUGGAAAUGGCUCACAUGCUCCGGCUCAACAAAACAUUGAACUUGCUCGAACGCUUGGCCACGCUGGCCAAGUGUCAGGAAGAUCAGGAAACUUUGGGCAACGAGAGUGCGCAAGGCUCCCAAGACAGAGAGGAGUUACAAGCGCUGGCGAUCGCUGAACGAUUCAUGAACGCCGUGGGAAGACCUAUUUUGUGUCUCGCUGCUGGGUUGCUCAAGAUAGACGCGUACGCGCUCGUCUCAACCGGGCGCUUUCAGGUAAGAUCCGUGUUCCUCUUGUUGCUCACCAUGGCUGCCAUGCUGCCUACAAUCGGUUCGAACAUGCACGAUGACCUGAAAACGUUCGUUUUCGUCUCGUUGUUCGCACUGGCUCACUUUUUGGACAUGCAAACAAGUAUUGUUCGCAACCCACACAUGGGCCAAGUUCCGGUGUACAUCGUAGGCUUGAUCCUGACGUAUGCCCUGCACAUCCUGCACGCCCCGCACUCCCGCGUGAGCACAACAUUGAGCGUCGUCGUCCCGCACUUAAUGUUCGCCCCCAUCGGCUUCACUGCUCAAACCGUCUUCAAGGUAAUGAUGCGAUCGUUACCGCAAAAUAUCGAUUCCACCACCGCCUGGAUGCUGCGCCUGCACUCGCACGUCGUGCACGUCGCGCUCACCGUCGCGACGCCGCUUUUCCUACCGCACUUCAUCAAGCACGGCAUCUCUCGCAUGUUUCAAGGCACGAACAAGAACGUGACAUGA